ACGACAUUCGCUGGAGAACAGAACCGAGCUUCGACGUCCCUGCGGACCCGAGAAGCUCCAUCCCCGUCCCCGAACUCCAGUCUCCAGUUUUCGUCAGGUCAUCCCAAGCAAGUGUACACUACGCAAUUGGAUCACCAUCGCCUACACAACGUAAUCGCAUUGACAACUAACUCGACGAUUCAAUAGAAAAAGUCCAACCAAACCACCAAACCAACCAUCAAGAUGCUCCGCACCACCGUCUCCAAGCUCGCUCGCCCUACCGUUUCCAGGGCGUUUGCGACCACCUCCCGCGCUCUCGCCGGUGAGACUGGUGCUCCCCCAAAGACCGGCGGCCCAGGUGACGCUUUCCAGCGCCGCGAGAAGGCCAACGAGGAUUUCGCUAUCCGCCAGCGCGAGAAGGAGAAGCUCCUCGAGCUCAAGAAGAAGCUCGCCGAGCAGCAGAAGCACCUCAAGACUCUUUCUGAUCACAUUGACGAGAUCACCAGGGAGCAGGGCGGCGAGCGCAACUAAACGAACAACAAGCAACAAUAACAACCCAUAAACAUAUUUUUUUUUCUUCUUCCUCUGCUUAUUAUCAUUCCCUCUCGCGACGUCCCAUCGCUACACACGCCACUACGCCUACGCAGUAUGAAUGCAAUGAAAUGAGAAGGGGCCAAGGAUUUGGGGGGGUUAAGAAAGGAUGGGACUUGGGCUACGGGGACGGACGGCGCGCCGAGGAUGAGUGUCAUCUUACACAUAUCUCAAACUUACCCCUUGUAGCAAUAUAGCGAGCAAAGCCAUGAUCGAUGAUCACAAAAUCACGACCGGGGGACCUAUGGACCUCACAAGUUGCAUCAAUGGGACGAACAAGUGUCUAAAGCAAAACCGUGACAGAACCGAGCUUAUGAGAAAGUCCAAAACGAG